AGAAGAUUUAGAUGAAAGCAUGAAAUUUCCUAUGCUUUUGGAGUUCACUAUCAACUCCAUUCAGAUCACAUCUCUAAUGUUCCAAUUUAUAACAAUGGAUAUUGACCCGAUAUUGAUAUUUAGAAUAACAUAUAGCAGCUUGAUGAUAAUACAAACGUUUCUGUUAGCAUGGCAUGCCAAUGAAAUUACAGAACAGAGCCUGCUCAUUUCUCAAGCAAUCUAUGAAAGUAGAUGGUAUGAAUUACACACAGGACUCCAAAGAAUUUUGCACCUAGUUAUGAUCAGAGCUCAGAGACCGCUUACUCUAUCCAUCGGACCGUUUUUCACUCUGACGAAUGGAACUGCUGUUACGACAAUGAAGGCAGCAUAUUCAUAUCUGACUAUUCUGAAGAGAAAAUACUCAACUCAUCAGUAAACUUCCGCACAUUACGCAGAACUAUUCCAAAGAUGCUCAGAAUGACAAUGUAAACUUACAAUUGAAGGCACCAAUAAAUCCACGAAAGGUUCCAUGUAUUAUCAUAAAAUAAUAUAUCAUUUAAUGAGCGAAAACUAUGUCCCUUACUCGUGUAAAUGUAGUUUGUAGUA